AUGUACGCGGCAGAACAGCAACGCAAGUUCGACGAAAAGGAUCAUCAAUUGAAGCGGCAGAUGCAUGCUCUCCAGCAUACUGCUCCCGACGCAUUUGAACGCGGCAUCUGUAUCGAUCAAUUCAAUGAGGAUGUGGUCGCGAAGUCAGUUUUCGUUGAUAAAGAAGAGUACGAGGCUGAACCUUCGUAUGUCCUCUGUGACAAGCGGCUGCAACUAUGCUUGAUACAAGGCGUGUUCUCAGAAGAUCGAAUCAUCGGCCCUAAACAUUCCUGUAUCUCCCAUCUCCUGUUAUUUCGCUAUACAAAUGAUCCGCACCCUGGAGUCAAACGCCUGCGGAGAAAAUUGAUACCAUAUGACGGCAUUUCUGCUAUCGAUGCGGUGAGGCAAUCACACAGCCUAACCGACGGCAAGAAAUACGUUCAGCCCUAUCAGAACACUAUGGAUGGUCACGCUAUCUCUCUGAUUAUGCCUAGUCAACUUGUUCAGCUUUCAUAA